CAGAAGCAAACGUCAUCUCCGCCAUAUUGAAAACAAAUUGAAGGGUUGGGAAAUUGGGGAUCCGAUAUAAAAGUAAUUUUGAACGGAUUCUUUUUGCACGUAUUGAUUUAAACACAAUGACCUCGUUAACCCAGCGACAGGGUGGUGUCGUUAAGCGUAGAAGUGCUAAAGAAGGUGCCGAAGGGGGCACGUUUCCCAGCGAAGAGACCGAGCUGCCCCGUGAAGAUUUGGAUGACGAAGAUAGGGAUUCAAAGGAAGCUCGUCUAACUCUGAUGGAGGAAAUCCUGUUGCUAGGAUUGAAAGAUAGAGAGGGUUACACAUCAUUCUGGAAUGACUGUAUAUCGUCGGGUUUGAGAGGCUGCAUUCUUAUAGAGCUGGCCCUGAAAGGGAGGGUGGAGGUGGAAAAGGCUGGUAUGCGGCGCCGCAGUUUACUGAAUCGAAAAGUCUUGUGUAAAAAUCAGGCACCAUGUGGGGACAUUCUACUGGAUGAGGCUCUCAAACACAUAAAGGAGACGGAUCCUCCGGAGACUGUACAAGCUUGGAUUGAGUAUCUGAGUGGUGAGACUUGGAACCCUUUGAAAUUAAAAUACCAGCUGAGGAACGUCCGGGAGCGCCUCGCAAAAAACCUGGUGGAAAAAGGCGUUUGCACAACAGAAAAGCAGAACUUCCUUCUCUUCGACAUGACCACACAUCCAUUAGUAGACUCUGUGAUAAAGUCAAAACUCAUUAAGAGAGUCCAGGAUUCUGUGUUAAGUCAGUGGACCAAUGAUGCGCACAGAAUGAACAAGAGAAUGCUUUCCCUCAUUUAUCUUGCUCAUGCAUCUGAUGUCCUGGAAAAUGCCUUUGCCCCCCUGUCUGACGACGACUACGACUUGGCCAUGAAGCGUGUACGUGAGCUGUUGGAUCUAGACUUUGACACGGAAUCCAUGAAGGAGGGCACCAACGAGAUGAUGUGGGCUGUCAUCGCUGCUUUCAGCAAGUGAGAGUGUGUGUCAGAGGUGGUGUCGCAUUCCCAGAAAACAGACCUUGUAAUCAUUCUUAACAUAGGUCCUGUAAACAGUGAAGGCAGCAUGCCAACAACCUUAUAUUUAAAUUGAAUCUGCUGAUAUUUAUUGGCUGAUUUCCACACUUCCCAAGAACAUCUAUAAGAAAAUUAUUUAAUACGGUGUUUAUCAGCUGGCUGUGAUUCUUAGAUUUAAAUUAAUAUGAUUUUUGACACUUUUGUUUUACUAUGUGGAAGUAUUUAUUCAAACAGUUAAAAAAAGCAUUGACAGACUCUUUGAUGUAAAACUAUAGGUCAGUUUUCACUCUUGAUUUAGUGUCAGGAAAGCCCUAAUCAAUUUGUUCUCCUUAUACCAAGUUGUUACUUAGAUUUGCCUAUAACUUUGUCUGAAGUAUAAAUUGCCUCAGUCAAUAUCAAACAAUCCAGCUUCUCUAGCAAAUGCUUUUAUGCUUGAACAGCGGAUAAAUGAACCUGAAUGAUUAUGCAAGUAUAUAUAAGGUUCUUGAAAAUAUAUUUUAUCACUAGUGUUUGGUUAAAUCGGAAACAGCUUGUAAAUUUACAUCAGCUUCUUCACUAGACCAAUAAUGUUGUGCAUGAAUAUGUAAUACACUGCAGGCAGACAGAUAACUUUGUUCUGAAAUCAAUGUAUUUUGAAUAUAUUAAUUUUUACCAUCAUUAUUAAAAUAAAAAAGUAAAACAAGCUCUAUUUGUUUCUGUUUUCUCUUUUUUGAUAGUGUAUCAUUAUCAUUUUAAAUGCGCUUUCAAAUAAAAAGAAAUCGGUUAACCGUGUGUACACUUUUUGUUAUAACUUUAAAUACAUACAUUUAAUAAUAAUUAUUUUAGAUGUGUCACUUAUUUGCAUCUUGAUCCUGAAAUUGUGUUGUAACGUUCAAAUACCAUAAUAUUAAUUAGGAAGGCUUUGACAGAAGUUGUAAAAAAGCAAUACACGUGUUGGGCAACGUUAUGUACAUUUACAUCCAUGUAACAGAUAAUUGAUCACCAUGGAUACUGUUUGUUUAAUGGUCAUGUAAAUGGUGAUUAUUUUGCAUGUUUGCCCUGAGGGCAGUAACACUUUGUGUGUUAUAAUGUGUAUUUCAUGUUUGCACAUCUGACUCUUUUGACUGUAUUUUAUCAGUUCUGGUUGGCUACAUGUUAUGUGUAAUCUUGAUUCUUGUACAUGUAUUCAAGUGUUGCUUUCAUCUCGAGCUAUUUCAUUAAUGUAGUCAUGUUUUGCAUUACAACAUUAGGGAAAGCUGUGUUAAUAUCAAAACAUUAUUGUAUUAUUACUAGCCAUAAAUAUAUAAUGGUAAUCUAUUGUCAAAAUUGCACAUGCAUGUAUUGUUAUGAAUUCCACAUUGUUGUUUUCAAUCUGUGCGUUUCAAAGAAUGUGGUAUGAAACAUGCGUUAAGUUAUGUUUAAGUUGAUGAUUUUGUGUGUGCGUGUGUUGCCAAACCAUUCUUAAAUAACACUUAAAUUAAGUUAAUCUCUGUAUAUUUGUAAAAUUUGCAUCAUGCCAUCACUGUUAUUGUCCCCUAUCGGUUUCACCGGAGGGGACUUACGAUUUUCGCUCUGUGUGUCCGUCAGUCUAUCACACUUUUCUGGAUUCUGCGAUAACUUUAAAAGUUCUUCAUAUUUUUCAUGAAACUUGAAACAUGGACAGAUGGCAAUAUGGAGAUUAUGCACGUCAUUUCAUUUUGUUCCUUCAUCAAGAAUUCUGGUUUCUAUGGCAACAAAUAGACUAGAAAUACUGCUGAAAAUGGUGAAUCCUGCACACUUUUCUGGAUCCUGCGAUAACUUUAGAAGUUCUUCAUAUUUUUUCAUGAAACUUGAAACAUAAAUAGAUGGCAAUAUGGACAUUAUGCACGUCAAUUGAUUUUCUUCCUAUGUCAAAAAUUCUGGUUAUUAUGGCAACAAAUAAAAAAAUAAAAAUCUGACGAUGGUGGAGCCGGUAGGGGACAUGUAUUGCUUGGCAAUAGUCUUGUUUAAAUGUAAAUUGCAUGUUAAUUUGUGAUAUUAUAGAACAUUUUAAGUGUAUGCCCAUACAUUUAGGAAUAAAUAAACAAACAAAUGCUGAUUUCCUACAGUUUGAUGAGCAUUUAUUACAGAGAUUAGAAUUACAAUUUUUUCUGUGUGCUUGUGAUGCAAUUUUUUUUACAAAAAUAUUCAUAUAUAAAGGUAUGCCAUAUGCAAUUUAUUUGUUUUGUUCUUAAAGAAAGUGUGAAUUUAAUAGUGUGGUGAAUGCUUAUUUGUGUGGGGUUUGUGAAAUCUCAUUUGUGUACAUGUUUUAUCGAUAAUUCAGUGUAGCUUUAAGGCUUCUUAAGAGAUGUUAUGAAUAUGUUUUUGCUUUUAAUUUCUACACAAGGUUAAGAAUAAUUUGUAAAUCUUGGUGUCUUAUACUUUUCUCAAUACUUUUAUAUCUGCUAAAAACUAGUGUCCAGUUACUUUUUCUGAUACAUUGUCAGUUAUAAAAAAUAGAUAUGUUUUGUUUUGUUUUCGUCUCUCACUCUUGUUUUCCAUUUCAUUGUAAUCGUUAACAUAUAUUUUCAAAAGAAAAAAAUAUCACUUAAGAAGUAAAGCUUUUUGCCACUGCUGUUUGAAGAAUUGUAUUGUUUUUGUCAUUGCAAGUUUGUCUGACUACUGAUAUCAGAAAUGUGCUUUAAGAUCGUACAUGAUGCUUCUUGAUUAUUUGAGUUUGUUUGACAAAUGCUAGUUAAUUUGUUAACUCGUGUAGUGAGAAGACCGUUGCAUGAUGCACGAUAUGCAAAUUGCAUUUGCUACUCAAGAAAGGGAUACAUUAUUUGGAAGUAGGUUUUGGUUAAUACAGCUUAGAUAUUUUCUCUCAAAAUUAACAAGAUGAAGAUGUCAGUUCAUUUUUAUUUAGUGUGUAAAGUUCUCUCAUCAUAUUAAAUAACUAAUAGUUGUUUUUCAUAUUUUUGAAGUGUGAGUAUUUUGUUUUAUCCAUUUCAUUUUACUUGCCUACUGCAGUUCAUGUGGGGACUUGCUUUCUGUAUUUGAGUGCAACAUGACUAUCUUCAAAAUUUCAAAUCAGAUAGCACAUUUUUGCACAGUUUUUUUUACAUUUUGGGAGAUAUUGUUUCGGUUAAGAUAUUUAAUGUUCUUCUUGUAUAUAUAUUUGUUAUGUAUAUUAUAAUAUUAUGGUUGAUUAGGGCUCUUAGCCCUUUCAUUCACAAAUUAUGGGUGUUACAUUAGUGGAUAUUGAGAAACGAAUAAAUGCAUACAGAUUA